UCGAGGAGGCCAACGAGAGAAAGAGGGCUAAGUACAGCGAUCUGGUGGAGCAGUGUCGGCUCAAUGGGUGGCGAGCAAGGUGCGAGCCUAUUGAGGUGGGAUGCAGAGGGUUUGCGGGCCAGUCCCUCUGCAGGGUGUACAGCAUGCUGGGCAUCACAGGGGCCAGCAAGCGAAGGGCCAUCAAGGAGGCCACAGAGGCAGCAGAGGUUGCCUCGCGGUGGUUGUGGAUCAGGAGAGGAGAUCCGUGGGUAGGGUAGCGCUACCUGGACACGAGCUGGGGUCUGAUCAACCCUGGCUGGGUCGCCUGGAGGAGAGUGUAUGAUGUUUGAAAGACCCGAAACACUCUAUGAUACCAGGUAAUAUCACUGAUGAUGUGUCCAGGUUGCAUCACUAGUUGAUGUAUGUACGAAGCUUCUGUCUGGGAUAACCAGUGACCACCAGGAAAGUCUGGUUGACUACCAAGAACAGAGUGGUGACAGCUGGAGAGACAGCGGACAGCCCGGAGAGACGGCAUCGGGGCAGUAAGGGUUAGCAGCCCAAACCUGCAUCUUUCUCUCUACUAGGAGGAAGAACCCACCCUAAGCUACAGAUCGACCUAUGGAGAAAUACCCCCAGGGAUCCCCGAGAGGGGGGGAGGAUGAGGAUCCCACUCGGACGGAUCAAAGAAUGACGAAACCAGGCAAUGGAAAUACGACUAUGACUACAGAAUGCUUUUGUGGCAAAGUGUGCAAAAACCCACGUGGUCUGAAGAUCCACCAGACCAAGAUGAGAUGUGUGCAGACGGAGCAAGUGUCACAGCGCGCAGGGAUCCCCCCUGGUGAGACGCAGGAGGAGCUAGGCCUGGAGCCAAACCAUAGUGCCCAGAAUCUCCAAGUGGUACAAGCCCCAAACCCACACAGACCACCAGAACAUCGUCGGGUUAGAUGGCCCAGAGCUGAUAGGGAGUAUGAGUGGCGCCAGUUUGAUGAGGACACCGACUCCAUCUUAGGAGCAACAGCCAAGGGGGAAGUCGAUCGGCGUCUCCAGACCAUGACCACCAUCAUCAUCAGCAUGGGAGCUGAGAGAUUUGGCCUGGAGGUGAAGAAAGCAGGGAGAUUGCCCUACACCAUGAGCAAUCGAGCACACAAGAUCCACCAGCUCAGGAAGGAACUGAGGGUCCUGAGGCGGCAGUUUAAGCAGGCAAGAGAGGAGGAGAGGGGACCGCUCUCAGAGCUGCGCAACAUACUUCGAAAGAAGCUCCUGACUUUGAGGAGGGCUGAGUGGCAUAGGAGAAGAAGGAAGGAAAGAGCCAGGAAGCGCACUGCCUUUCUAGCAAACCCGUUUGGGUUUACGAAGCAGCUGCUGGGGCAGAAACGCAAUGGUCAACUUACCUGUUCCAAAGCAGAGGUCGACCAUCACUUGGCUGCAACCUAUGGAGAUGCAUCCAGGGAGCAAGACCUGGGAGACUGCCAGUCCCUGAUUGACCCACCAGCACCAACAGUGGACUUCGAUGGGAGGGAGCCCAGCUGGAAGGAAAUCCAGGAGGUAGUCAAAAAGGCAAGAUCAAGCUCAGCCCCCGGACCUAGUGGGGUACCUUACAAGGUGUACAAGAACUGCCCAAAGUUACUCCACAGGCUCUGGAGGAUUUUGAAGGUAAUCUGGAGGAGGGGAAAGGUUGCCGAGCAGUGGCGAUUUGCAGAAGGUGUAUGGAUUCCGAAGGAGGAAGGGUCUACAAACAUCGAUCAGUUUAGAACCAUCUUCCUGCUCAGUGUUGAAGGGAAAUUAUUCUUCAGCAUUGUGGCAAGGCGUCUAACUGACUACCUCCUCAGGAACUCCUACAUCGACACCUCGGUCCAGAAGGGAGGGAUCCCAAAGAUACCAGGGUGUCUGGAGCACAAUGGCGUGGUCACUCAGCUGAUCAGGGAAGCCAGAGAGAGCAAGGGAGACUUAGUCGUGCUGUGGCUGGACCUUGCGAACGCAUAUGGAUCCAUACCUCAUAAGCUCGUCGAGCGGACACUGUGCGGCCACCAUGUCCCAGCUAAGUUCAGAGACCUCAUUCUGGACUAUUACAACAGGUUCAGUCUGAGGGUUGCAGCAGGAUCCAUAACAUCGGACUGGCACAAGCUGGAGAAGGGAAUCAUCACCGGAUGUACCAUUUCAGUGAUCCUCUUCGCACUUGCUAUGAACAUGCUGGCAAAGUCCACCGAGGUUCAGUGCAGAGGGCCCCUAACCAAGUCUGGUGUCAGGCAGCCGCCCAUCAGGGCCUUCAUGGACGACCUGACCGUGACAACGUCAAAUGUCCCAGGGAGCAGGUGGAUUUUGAAGGGGCUGGAAGAACUGACUACCUGGGCCCGCAUGACCUUUAAGCCCGCUAAAUCGAGAUCCCUUGUGCUAAAGAGAGGAAAAGUCACCAACAAGUUCAUCUUUACACUUGGCGGCACCCAGAUACCAUCCAUCACCGAGAAGCCGGUGAAGAGCCUGGGGAAAGUUUUCAACUGCAGCCUGAGAGACACAGCAGCCAUCAACGCGACCAAUCAAGAUCUGGAGGCUUGGCUAGCUACGGUGGACAAAUCAGGUCUACCUGGCAAGUUCAAGGCCUGGGUGUACCAACAUGGCAUCCUUCCAAGGAUUCUCUGGCCCCUCCUUGUGUAUGAGGUCCCAAUCUCCACAGUUGAGGGCUUUGAAAGGAGAGUCAGCAGGUUCCUGCGGAAGUGGCUGGGUGUACCGCGGAGCCUGAGCAGCAUCGCCCUAUACGGAAAGAGCAACAUGCUGAAGCUCCCCUUCAGCAGCCUGAAUGAGGAAUUCAAGGUGAGCCGAACUAGGGAGGUGCUGCAAUACAGAGAGUCAUGUGACCCAAAAGUCUCUCAGGCGGGUAUCGAGGUCCGGACGGGGCGGAAGUGGAGGGCGGCAGAGGCUGUGGAAGUGGCGGAGUCACGGCUGCGGCACAGGACUCUGGUGGGGACAGUGGCUCGGGGAAGAGCAGGCCUUGGUAGCAGCACAACACCUUGCUGCGGGAAGGCAAAGGAGAAGAGGAGGAGGACGCUGCUCCAGGAAGAAGUGCGGGCAGCUGUGGAAGAAGAGCGGUCCGGCAGGGUGCUUGGAAUGCGGCAGCAGGGAGCCUGGACGCGAUGGGAGCAAGCAGCAGAGCGCAAAGUCACGUGGACUGAGCUGUGGAGAGCCGAGCCCCAACGCAUAAAAUUCCUGAUCCAGGCUGUAUAUGACGUAUUGCCAAGCCCGUCUAACCUGUUCUGUUGGGGGAAGGUGGAGUCACCAGCAUGUGCCCUGUGCCAGAAGAGAGGGACCCUGGAGCACAUCUUGAGCUGCUGUCCGAGGAGCCUGAGUGAGGGGCGCUAUCGCUGGCGUCAUGACCAGGUCUUGAAGGCCAUAGCGAACUCCAUCUGCAGUGGAAUAGCCCACUGCAAGCGCCUCCGCCCAGCGAAGAAGGCUAUCUCCUUCAUCAGAGCUGGAGAAGGACCACCAGCUGUUGCCAGGGUCUCUUCCGCUGGCCUGCUCACAAUGGCACAGGAUUGGGAGCUGAUGGCAGACUUGGGGAAACAACUGAAGUUCCCAGGAAAUGUGGCCAUAACAUCACUAAGGCCAGACGUGGUGCUGACCUCAGCAACAUCGAAGCAGGUUGUGCUUCUGGAGCUCACGGUCCCUUGGGAAGACCGCAUCGAGGAGGCCAACGAGAGAAAGAGGGCUAAGUACAGCGAUCUGGUGGAGCAGUGUCGGCUCAAUGGGUGGCGAGCAAGGUGCGAGCCUAUUGAGGUGGGAUGCAGAGGGUUUGCGGGCCAGUCCCUCUGCAGGGUGUACAGCAUGCUGGGCAUCACAGGGGCCAGCAAGCGAAGGGCCAUCAAGGAGGCCACAGAGGCAGCAGAGGUUGCCUCGCGGUGGUUGUGGAUCAGGAGAGGAGAUCCGUGGGUAGGGUAGCGCUACCUGGACACGAGCUGGGGUCUGAUCAACCCUGGCUGGGUCGCCUGGAGGAGAGUGUAUGAUGUUUGAAAGACCCGAAACACUCUAUGAUACCAGGUAAUAUCACUGAUGAUGUGUCCAGGUUGCAUCACUAGUUGAUGUAUGUACGAAGCUUAUUA